AUGGGGUGGGAGGUGAAAUUGCUACUGGAUUACCUGUCCGCAGCGAUCUGUUUUUUAGGAGUGCCUUCCCAGCCAUCGUCGCACCCACCAUCGCAUCGUCGUAGACAUCAUCUUCCAGACCAUUCCGCCGCCUGGUCCAGAGCUGAUUUAGCAGCCCUUUACAAUCGCCUCGAGGAGUCUCCUGACGAACAGACCGCCCAUGAUAUCUUAGGGGAACUGAAUAGCGGUAUAACGGCUGAAGGUGCUGAAGAGUGUACCCCGUCAAAUUAUCCAUAUGUGGAGCAACGUACACGAAUCUAUCGAGAGAAUCGGGAGCAACCAGACAACCUUAGGGCAAAGAAACGUAAAGUUGAUUUUGUGCCUGCCGAGCUACAGGUGGUGGAACAGUGGGCGGAGAGGGAUAACCCGAAAAAGCGGCGUAAAGCCUACAACGCAGCCGAGAGUAAUGUUGAGGCCGCCCCAGACCAGGCGGAGUACAGUUAUCACAGCGAGGUCAAAGGCAAACACGAAGAAUACGAGCAUGAGAUUCUAACCCUAAAAAAUAAAUCGAUAUGCCUGUAUCGGGAACUUCAGUCACAUUGGUCUUGUGCUUGCGAACAGUGCCAGGGGAUAUGUCUCCAGCUGCCUUGGCCUUAUCCUGACAGUGACGACGUUCAGCUCGAUGGCUAUUUUGCCCUGGGUUCCAAUAAGAUAGAAAACUGGCAGGAAGGGAAAUUUUUCAUGACUUAUCAAAAACAUGGCCUCGUUCGGAUUGCAGAUGAGAGUGAUAACACAGCUGGUGAAUAUUGGUCGGCAUUGGAUCAUACAGAUAUCUGUCCGUCAAUCAAAGACUGCCACAAAAAGUCAGCCUCUCUUCAUAUUAUGGUCGAGGACAACAAGUUACAAGAAUUGCGUAUGGGGGAUAAUAUGUGCGAACAUACCCCAGCCGCCAUUUCCCUCAAGUCGAUAUUCGACUUCAAGCAGAAAAUUGGGGGAUCUUCCGUAUUUUCAAGACGCGGAAAGCUUACGCUGGCCCUAUAUCUGACAGAGAUGCUACGGCCUGUUCUUGAGACUCCCUGGCUACUCCCAAAUUUCAGUUGUCACGACGUUUAUUUCUUCCGAAGACCUGGUGCUCUGCCGGAUCUCACCUAUCCGUUCAUAUUUACAAGCGCGAAUACAUUCAUACAAGAUACUGCUUCGCAGGGCGCCUCUAAGGAAACCGUGCAUCCUAACCAGACCGUCUUAGCGCUAGGAAUUCUUCUUCUCGAAAUAUUCGAGUUUAAGCCCUUUGCUGACGAGAAUCAUGGCCCUAGCCGGAAGAGAUCCUUAGAUCAAGAGAAAAUUCAAGCGCGACGUACUUUAAGAGCAAUGACUAAUGAAGAAGGAGCCGACUUUUGCGAUGCGGUGAGCGCUUGCCUCGACGCUAAGUAUUUUCCUCGUGGGCUGGAAAGUGAAUUCGACACACCAGCUGUACAAGACAGCUUUUCCGCUAAAGUGGUGUCACGCCUUUAUAACAGUACCAAUAACUGGAUCAACGAUAAGAAGGAUCUCUUGAGUCUCAGGGAGAAUGAGACGGAGAAAAGGGCAUUAUGGACCGUUGAAGCCCAGAAUAAGUGUACAGAAAUAGGCAGCCAUAUUAGCUCCUCCCCGUCUGCAAAGGCUGCGGUAGCGUCUACCUACCAGCCUCCGGCUGACACCCUAAUGAAACCGACAGCCCGCUCGGCCGCCGUCCCGCUUCGAACGACAAAUUAUAGCCAGAACAAGGAGGCUGUAAUUGUUCAUCGUAAUUAUAAUUGUUCGCCCAUUGCCCAAGCACCUGUUUCUGAAGGUGGCCUCUUUGAUUUUCUGGAACACCCUGCUUCUGACUCGGUCUCAUGGCUAAAAGAGCUUGACAGGACCCUCAGCACCUAUGUCGGCAACCCCCCUCAGUCUUCCUCCGGAGCUCUGAUACGAAUUGCUAUCCUUGACACUGGCUUCACCCGCGACAAUGAUAAUCCUGAACCAAGGUUGAAGGCUACGAGAAAUUUCCUACUUGACACAGAUGAUCCUCAAUUUAUGCAUGACAAGGUUGGCCAUGGGACUCAUACACUAGGCCUACUUCUCAGGACUGCUAUUGGCGCAGAUAUAUUCGUAGCAAAGGUUUCUGACACGAGAACUAUUGGCCGUGAUGGCUACGAGCCAAUAAUCAAGGCAAUCCGAUACGCAACAGAGAGGUGGGAAGUGGACAUUAUCACAAUGUCUUUUGGCAUUCGAGAAUUCCAUGAUAGCUUAAGUAAAGCACUUUCAUUUGCACAUAACCGAAAUGUUUUGUUAUUCGCUGCUGCUUCCAACGGCGGCCCUCUGACAAACCGGGCGUUUCCGGCCAGCGAGCACCUAACGGUAUUCGGGAUUCACUCAAUGGAUGGUCAAGGGUCGCUAUCAAAAUUCAACCCAAAGCCGGUUAAAACGGCCUUCAAUUUGGUCGCUCUUGGGGAAGCUGUACCUUCGGACUGGCCGAAGGGUAUUGAUGGACAUAGGGAGGAUUUUAGGGCUCUAUCCGGAACUUCCAUCGCCACCCCAAUCGCCGCUGGGUUUGUCGCAAGCCUGCUUGAAUAUGUACGACAGCAAGAGGCCGGCUUGCCCCAAGAUUCCUCUAUUAUGGGCUGGCUUAAGAGGUCUCAGGCCAUACAGGCUACCUUAGUUCGAUUUGCAACCGACAAGGUAGACGGGUACCACAGACUACACCCCAAGAAACUUUUCAACGAUCCCGACACAAAGGAAUCGAUUUAUGAUCAAAUUAAGAAAUUUAAGAAGUAUGAUUACCUACAUGAGAUAUGA